ACAACCAUGGAACAACAUUUUUGUUUCAUGCGCGGCAUGGCUUGUAUGCAACCGUGCUCGACUGCUCCGAUGCAAUGCUUUCAUGUUUUCAACGUUUGUUUAAAACAUGUUCUGGUGUCAGAACCGCGUCGAAUGGAAUCGGAGCAUGCCUUCAGCAGCGCCAAAGAUCUCUGCACGCUAGUGCGCUCCGAUUCAAUCAACAAGAUCCGAGUGAGCUGGACGCCUACUUACAAUCAAAUGGGUACGUUGACCAGCAACCGAGCGCUACUCAUCUGAGCUGUCCAGCAUCUGGACACAACUUAGUAAUUGUCCAACCAAGAGUAAAAAACAAACCCCAGAAGAACACGACCGACGAACUGCAGCUGGCCGAAGCAGUGGCGCUGACUGAAACGCUCGCAGGAUGGAAAGCUUCGGUGAAAAUGUUGUUGAACACUGAAAACGAAAGAAAGAAGCAAGUAUUCGGCAAGGGCAACUUGGAGAAAAUUCGAGAUACAAUCCAAGCAAACUGCAGAAUCAGCGCAUUGUUUCUGAACAUAGACAUCCUGACGGGACUGCAGCACGCAGAGCUCGCUGCAUACUUCGGAGUACCGAUAUACGACAGGUACACUAUAGUCCUUAACAUAUUCCGCCAACACGCUCGCACCAAAGAAGCCAAACUCCAAGUCGCAUUAGCGGAAAUCCCGUAUUAUCGCGCUCGAAUUUACCACCUGCACAAAGGGUGCGGACAGCACGAGGGCGCUACGGGUCAUUCCAUCGGCGGGUCGGGCGAAAGCUACUACGCCCGGCGGAGACGAUUGUUGGUCGAACGCGAAGCUUGCUUACGAAGACAGCUGGAAGAUAUCAAGUCUCACCGCCAACUCAUUCGUCAGAAGAGAGUCAAGCAGGAGUUCCCAAUCGUAGCCGUCGUGGGCUACACGAACGCUGGAAAGACGUCCUUAAUCAAACAGUUGACGGGCGACAGUGGCCUAGAACCGCGCAAUCAACUUUUCGCGACGCUAGACGUCACGGUUCAUGCGGGCCGGCUUCCGUCUGCCCAGACCGCGCUCUUCCUCGACACCGUCGGCUUCAUUUCGAACAUCCCGACGACGCUCGUGGCGUCGUUCAUGUCGACCCUAGAAGACGUCCUGCUUGCGGACAUCAUCGUCCACGUUCAGGACCUGAGUCAUCCGGACAGAGUUGCGCAGAGGGAGAACGUGCUCCGGGUGCUCGAACAGAUCCACGUGCCUCCGCGGUUGCUCAACAGUAUCGUCGAGGUCGGGAACAAGGUCGACUUGCUCUCCAACGUACCGCAAGUCGACUUCGAGGUGAACCUGGUGUCGUCGACGGUGGGAACUGGGAUAUGGGAUCUGAGCUUGGCUAUCGAGAAACAGCUCAUUGAGAACACCGGGCGGAGGACUGUACGAUUUCGUGUUCCUACAGGAGGUCCGGAAUAUGCGUGGUUAUACAAAGAAGGCACCCUCAAGGGGUGCCAAGUGGACAAUCGUGACACAAAUUACAUCAACAUGGAUGUCCAACUUACUCCAAUAGCACUUGCCAGGUUUAAACAUUUGUUUGGAACUUGUUGCAUUGCUGGGGUAGGUUUAUAAAAAUUUCUAAAAAGUACGGGAAACUAUGGCUGGAAUGCAGUCCCUACAAAAUGUCAACAGAAAGAAGGAUUUUUUUUUAGCAUUAAAUGUGGCAUGUGAACCAUGGA